CCAACCAACACCAAAAUGGCAACCACCAUCACCAUCCCCACGUCCUACGAGACCCAGCCCACGCAGCACAUCAAGCUCUCGCACCACCCGGCCGGCUCACCCACCGCGACCCCCGUCAUCCUCGUCACGCUGAACAGACCCGAGAAGCGCAAUGCGUUCACGGGCACCAUGGCCACGGAGCUGGAAUGGGCCUUCACGACCCUCGACCGCGACGAGCGCGUCAAGGUCAUCGUCCUGACCGGUGCAGGCGACACCUUCUGCGCGGGCGCCGACCUGGAUAUCGGGUUCCCUGACAACAAGCAGGAGAGGCCGAUUGAUCAUCGUGAUAGCGGUGGCAGAGUCGCCCUCGCCAUCCACCGAUGCCGCAAGACCACCAUCGCCGCUAUGCAAGGCUCCGCCGUGGGCGUCGGCAUGACCAUGACUCUUCCUGCUACCAUUAGAAUUGCCCACCAAGACAGCAAAUACGGCUUCGUCUUCGCCCGCCGCGGCAUCACCAUGGAAUCCUGCUCCGCCUACUUCCUGCCCCGACUGAUCGGCUACUCGCGGGCCAUCUACCUCGUCGCCACGGGGCAGGUCUUCCCCCCGACCGCGACGCAUUUCGACGGCCUCUUCGCCGAGACCUUCCCGCAGCGGGAUCAGGUGCGGGAGCAGGCGCUCGCGCUGGCGGACGAGAUCGCGUCGAACGUCAGUCCGAUGGCGGCGGUGUUGAAUCGCGCGCUGAUGUGGCGGGGUCCCCACUCGGCGGAGGAGGCGCAUCUUCUGGAUUCGAGCGUCCUGGCGCAUAUGUUUGCUUCGGAGGACCAGAGAGAAGGGGUUCGAGCUUUCUUGGAGAAGAGAAAGGCUAAUUUUCGGGCGACACUGGAGGAACACGGACCGGAGAAUUAUCCUUGGUGGGCUGAGGUGCACGUUGAUCGGAAGCCGGCUGCUGUGGGGGAGUCUAAGUUGUAG